AUGCUCCUGCCACCAUUUACUGGUGAAGCGGCAACACGACAACAUCAAGCAACUACACCAGAACCUGUCACCGCUAACGGAAGUCAAUGUGCAAUACGCAGUGUGCAGUGCAUGUGUAGUGUGCAAUACACAUACGUCCGUUUGUCGUCGACUACUGAAGCCAAAGACAUUCUAGAUCUUUUUCUCAAACGCUGGUUUCCUUCAUCAAGCUUUACUCAGACUCUGCGUUUAGUUAUUUGCGUAACGGGAGGAAGCUCGACUUUCUACCUCAACUCUAACAUCAGAGAUGCUAUAACAAAUGGUUUAGAAAACUUGACAAAAACUAACGCAUGGGUGAUAACCGGUGGCUUUCAUCGCGGAGUUAUGAAGCUAGUUGGUCAAGCCAUAAAAAGCCAGACCGACAGCCAAGGAAACAGAGUUCCCCUUAUUGGGUUCACUACAUGGGGGUUCACGAGAAACAAAGAGGCUUUAGUGAAUAAUGCUAAGGAUGACAGGCCUGUUAUGUACCGACCAGUUGACCGUUUCACAAUCGACUCCAUUUCUCAACCACUUGAUUUGAACCACACGCACUUUAUAUUGGUGGACGAUGGAACUGACAGCAAGCCUAUGCGAGAGCUCGAUCUGUUGCAAGAAUUCAAGAAAACUCUUGGAACGGAAAGAAAUGGAGAUUUUGGCAUAACGGUGCCUGUGGUGACUAUCCUGGUUGGAGGUGGACGCGGUUCUCUAAAGAACGUCAGAAAGACUUUAGAAGGACAACUACCUGUCGUAAUCGUCAAGGGUAGUGGUCGCUUAGCCGAUCUACUUGUUCAUGUUAUGCAAGAGAUUGUACCCAGAUUUAAAGACCAAAAGAGAAUUCUUAAAGACCAAAAGAGAAUUCUUGAAGAUCUCAAGAAACUGUCUGAAGGCGUGUUUGGGCCAACUAAGAAUCAUACGGAGAUUGCUGAAGACAUCAAUGCCUGCAUAAACGCAUUGCCUGCAAAGAACAAACAUCUAAAGUUGAAAGUGUACGACCCUGAGCCCGAGCUCGGUAAACCUCGUUCUGACUUGGACGUUGUGGUUCUGCAGCUGAUCCUUACUCGAGCCAAAAUGCCAAGACUUGAUGCAGCAGUUCGGCUAGCUCUAGAAUUGAAUCGAGCAGAUAUACUACGAGAAGAAAUUCUUUCCCAAGCCAUUAGCGUGAAAGACAUGCUGUUGAUGAAAUGGGAUGAGGUAAUGAAAAUCGCACUUCUGGCGGACAAGCACGAGUUUGUAAAGCUGUUCUUGGAAAACUCAGUCGUGGACUUUGAAGAAUACUUGGACGUCCAAAGACUGCUGAAUUUAUAUAACUGUGGAAACGACGUGUGUGAUAGUUCAUAUUUGAAAGUAUAUUAUCUUAAUAACUCAUCGUUAUUACGACAUUUUCGUUCUAUGGAAAUGGCGGUGCAAUGUGAGAACGAGAAUUUUACAAAAGAACACAUCGAUACGAUUUCUUCCCAGUUUUUUGGAAGGUUUUUUGGUAAACCUGUAAAGAAGAGUGUUUUUCCUGUUGCAAACGACUGCCACGACAUGUUCAGGAGCCUAUUCAUAUGGGCUUUACUGACGGAAAGAUGGAAGUUGGCCAAAGUCUUUUGGGCAUACGGUCCAGAACCGUUGGCAGCAGCUCUCUCAGCAGGAGUUCUUUUCAAAGCGAUGGCUGAUAGACUCGCAGGUGAUGACGUUCGUGAAGGCAAACGGAAGACUUUAGAAGAUCAGCAAAUGAAUUGGAACAGGAGAGCUUGUAAACUGCUGCAAGAAUGCUACCAAACAAAUCGUGCUGCGACAGAAAUGCUUUUGAAGUGCACAUCUGAAAAAUGGGGCGAUCAAAAUUCUAUCAGUUUAGCCAAUGCAAACAGGAAUAAAGAGUUUACAGGAGACAUUGCCGUCCAGCGAGUGCUUUCGAAAGCGUGGAUGGGAAGCUUGAUAUCCCGGACACCACCAAUGAAGAUACUUUUGUCAACAAUCUUUCCCUGUCUCAUUCCACUAUUCAUUAAAGUUGAAGCGCAGACAGACUGUACGUGUGCCCCUGCCAAGUCUAACACAGAGGUUGACAACAGAGAAACCGCUGCAAAGCGUUCCCUAUCAAGAAACGUCAGCCAGACUAGUUUGAUGUCGGGUACAGCUCCUCCGAAGUCACAAUCAGUAGCAAAGAAAUUUCAAAAAUUACGAGAGAAAUUGUCAGUUUUUUACACUUCUCCAGUCUCAAAGUAUUGUCUUAGCUUGACGUCCUAUCUGGUCUUCUUAUGCAUCUUCUGCUUCAACCUUCUUGUUCGAUGGGAUGUUCGAUGGGAUAGCAUGAGUCCAACAGCGUUGGAGAUAUUGACAGCAGUCUGGGUUAUGUCACUCGUUGCUGAAGAUUUGUUCCAGAUACAUGGAACCAUUGGUUUGACGUGGUAUGAAAAGCUGUGUUUGUGGCUAUCCGACAUUCUUUCCAAGCUCAAGGUGGUUGCUCUGCUGCUCUACCUUGCUGCCGUUGCUUUACGGUACUCUCCACACGACGGCGACAAAUUCUAUCCAAACACUAUUCGAUGGGCUAGAAUACUCUUCAGCAUCGAUAUCUGUUUCUUCUUUAUGAGAGUAUUGGAAUUCUUCUAUGUCAAUGAAGAGCUGGGACCCAAACUAUACAUGAUAUAUAGAAUGAUUCGUGAUGUCAUCGUUUUUAUCACAAUUCUUCUUGUUUGGAUUGUCAGCUACGGUGUUGCAAUACAAGCUCUCAUUUUUCCUUUCCAAGAUGCUUCAUGGGAUUUGCUGUACAACGUCUUCUACAUACCAUUCUGGCAGAUUCACGGACAGUUUUACUUCGAUCACAUGAACGGCGAGUCGGUCGAGAACUGCGUUUCAAUCGAUCAGGUGAAUGAAACUACCACUGGCGAUUAUACGAUGUGUCCCCAGAAGGAAUGGGUUGCCAGUAUUUUACUGGCAGUGUACGUGACCAUCACCGUCAUCAUUUUGCUCAAUCUACUUAUUGCAAUAUUUAAGUGA